UUCAAUAUAAAAACAUAGACGUAGUGAAACACACCUGCUUGGAUAUCAAUGCCUUAAAUAGUCUUAUCUCAUUUUUAGAGACAUUGAGUAAACUUAGAAAACGCACCUGCGAGAUCAAAGAUAACAUAUCAUGUACACCUGUAGACAUUUCAAAUUGAAUAAUAAAGUUUCCGAUAAGUAUAUAAGGCGAUCGUCCGUCUACUUUGCUUCAGUUUCCUUGUUGGUUUAGAAACGAUCCAGGGCAAAAUGCAAAAAUACCUCGCACUUUUAGUUCUUGUUGGAAUUAGCUGCGUUGCGGCUGAAACUCCAGUAUAUGAAUGUGAUAAUGGUCUUCCGCUUCCUUCCUCAACCCAAGUCAACGAUUGCGAAGAACUUCCAUGUCCCUUAGUACAAGGUUCAUUGGUUGAAGCACUGAUUUCGUUCAAAUCAGAAGUCUACACAGAAGUUUUAAGACCUGAAACGAUUGCUUACGCUCUUGGAGUUGAAGUAAACUAUCCUUUAGACGAACCUGAUGGUUGCAAAGCUUUAGUUGAUCGUUUCUGUCCAAUCGAUGAAGGAGAAACUGUUAAAUACAAAUUACAAAUGCCAGUUUUGGAUAUUUUCCCAAAAAUCAAUUUAUCUUUGAAAUUCACCAUGUUCGAUGAGAACGACGAUGGUAUGGUUUGUUUCAUGCUUGAUGCUAAAGUUGUAGGUCCAUCCAAAUAAUUUAAAGAAACCCUUUUGUUUGUAUAUUUUCUGUUAGUAUUAAUAAACAUCUAAAACAAA